AUGUUCACCGGCGGCAUGCCGCCUGGAGGGCGUUUGCCAGGCUUCUGGCUGAGUGCACCAAACAUUGUGCCUGUCUUCCGUGGUCAGCAUGACAAGGUGCCAGUGGAAGCGUUCUCCAUCGAUUGCCGACCCUAUCAACCUGGAACCUGGAACGAGGCAGAACUCUUCGACCGCAUGAGGAGCACCUACGACACGUUUGGUGUUGUGAGGUUGACCAACACCGGCCUUACUGAAGCCAAAGAGAUGCAUCGAUAUGCACGGGCCGUGGUGAAGAAGCAAAUGAAAUACGAAGGUGGCGCCAAUCCACGUGAAGGGAUCAUCGAGAACGUCUUUGAGGUGGGAGCACCCAACGAUGCCUGGCUACACUACCAUCACGAGAUGGCUUACAACCAACACAGCAUGAAGAACUUGGCCUUUUGCAGCAUCAAGGCGACUCCUGGCAAGGGCGACACAUACUUGUCCGAGAACAUGUCAGUCACCGACUCCUUGAUGCAGACGGACCUGGGACGAAAGCUCCGCUACAUUCGAUGCCUGACAGAUCGAGAAGCAUACGAGGUUUACAACCACUGGCAGCUGUCUUUCGGCGUGGAGACGCCGGAAGAAGCCGAGCGUGUGGCGCGCGAGUGCGGUUUGGACGUGGAGUGGUGUGAGGAUCCUCUUAAACCAGAAUCUAAGCGAUACAUGAAGACCAAGCUUACAAUCAGCGCCUUUGAGUACUGUCCAUCCGUGGGGAGGAAUGUUCUCUACAGCAGCAUUGCAGAUCACAACAUGUGGUUUGACACCUGGAAGGGCGUGCAUGAUGUUCCACCAGCCAAGCGUCCUCUUCAAAUGACCUUCGGUGAUGGCACACCCUUCACGCAGCUUGGUGCAAGAGCAGAGUGA